AUGUCAUCACCAAUCAGGAUAUCCGUCCUCGCCUCAGGCAACGGCUCCAACUUCCAAGCCCUGAUCGACGCGGUGCAAAAGACGCACGCCAUCUCGCCCGCGACCAUCGUGCGGCUGGUUGCGAACCGCAAGAACGCCUACGCGCUGACGCGCGCCUCGGACGCCGGAAUCCCGACCGAGUACUUCAACCUGGUCGGGAAUGGGUUCCAAAAGGCGGGCGAGAAGGACCCCGAGGUGAAGCGCCAGGCCCGGGAGGACUACGACGCCGCGCUGGCCGCGCUCGUGCUCAAGGACGAGCCGGACCUGGUCGUGCUCGCCGGUUGGAUGCACGUCUUCUCCGAGGCGUUUUUGCGCCCGCUCGAGGCCGCCGGAGUCAAGUGCAUCAACCUCCACCCGGCCCUGCCUGGCAAGUACGACGGCGCCAACGCCAUUGACCGCGCGUAUCAGGACUUCAAGGAUGGGAAGCUCGAGGGUGGCAAGACGGGCAUUAUGAUACACUAUGUCAUUGCCCAGGUCGACCGGGGAGCCCCGAUUAUGGUUCAGGAAAUUGAAUGCAGAGAGGGAGAGACAUUGGAGGAGCUCGAGCAGAGGAUACACUCGCAUGAGCAUGAGCUCAUCGUCAAGGCGACUGCCCAGGUCGUGAAGGAGAUUGCCGAGACGAAGAAGAGGUAG